AUGAUCCACCGCGAAGUAGCCGAUGGUCUAGAGCGUCUUUGGAACGUAAGAGUAAACUGCAUAUGGGAAGCCGAUGAAAGUAGUCGCCAUGGAGAGGUUUAUAUAUUCGACCAUGUAUUUAAGCAGGAAUGUACAAAUUCAGAUGUAUAUGGAUCUGUAGUAAAACCUUUAGUCGAUUCCUUCAUGGAAGGUUUCAAUGCCACAAUAUUUGCAUAUGGCCAAACAUCUUCUGGCAAAACACACACCAUUUUGGGCAAUAAAACAGAUCCUGGGCUUUUCCAAUUAGUAUCCAAUCAGUUAUUCCAGCAUGUGGCAGACCAGGUUGAUAAGAGGUACUUGAUUAGAUGCAGUUAUAUUGAAAUCUACAAUGAAAAGAUCAAUGACCUCCUGGAUAAGAGCAAUCAGGGUUUAACUAUAAGAGAAGAUAUCAAAGGAAAUGUGCUGCUUGAUGCAAGGGAAGCUGUCGUAGACAAUGUUGAUAAAGUUAUGGAGAACAUGAUGCAGGGCAAUAAGAUCAGACGAGUUGCAGCUACUCGCAUGAAUGAGAGGUCAUCUCGAUCACACACGAUUUUCCGGAUUAUUCUGGAGUCGAAAGAUGCCAAUCAGAAAGAUGGACCUGUACAUAUAAGCUACCUUAACUUAAUGGACUUAGCUGGUUCUGAGAGAGUUUCUCUGACGAAAGCUGCUGGUGAGCGUCUUAAAGAGGGGGCUAACAUAAACAAAUCUUUGUCAGUAUUAGGAAAUGUGAUAAGGCAACUAAGCGAGGGGAAGGAGUUUAUCAGUUAUCGCGAUUCGAAAUUGACUAGACUGCUCUCACAGGCUCUUGGCGAUCCUGGGCUUUUCCAAUUAGUAUCCAAUCAGUUAUUCCAGCAUGUGGCAGACCAGGUUGAUAAGAGGUACUUGAUUAGAUUCAGUUAUAUUGAAAUCUACAAUGAAAAGAUCAAUGACCUCCUGGAUAAGAGCAAUCAGGGUUUAACUAUAAGAGAAGAUAUCAAACGUAAUGUGCUGCUUGAUGCAAGGGAAGCUGUCGUAGACAAUGUUGAUCAAGUUAUGGAGAACAUGAUGCAGGGCAAUAAGAUCAGACGAGUUGCAGCUACUCGCAUGAAUGAGAGGUCAUCUCGAUCACACACGAUUUUCCGGAUUAUUCUGGAGUCGAAAGAUGCCAAUCAGAAAGAUGGACCUGUACAUAUAAGCUACCUUAACUUAAUGGACUUGGCUGGUUCUGAGAGAGUUUCUCUGACGAAAGCUGCUGGUGAGCGUCUUGAAGAGGGGGCUAACAUAAACAAAUCUUUGUCAGUAUUAGGAAAUGUGAUAAGGAAUGUACAAAUUCAGAUGUAUAUGGAAGGUUUCAAUGCAACAAUAUUUGCAUAUGGCCAAACAUCUUCUGGCAAAACACACACCAUUUUGGGCAAUAAAACAGAUCCUGGGCUUUUCCAAUUAGUAUCCAAUCAGUUAUUCCAGCAUGUGGCAGACCAGGUUGAUAAGAGGUACUUGAUUAGAUUCAGUUAUAUUGAAAUCUACAAUGAAAAGAUCAAUGACCUCCUGGAUAAGAGCAAUCAGGGUUUAACUAUAAGAGAAGAUAUCAAAGGAAAUGUGCUGCUUGAUGCAAGGGAAGCUGUCGUAGACAAUGUUGAUCAAGUUAUGGAGAACAUGAUGCAGGGCAAUAAGAUCAGACGAGUUGCAGCUACUCGCAUGAAUGAGAGGUCAUCUCGAUCACACACGAUUUUCCGGAUUAUUCUGGAGUCGAAAGAUGCCAAUCAGAAAGAUGGACCUGUACAUAUAAGCUACCUUAACUUAAUGGACUUAGCUGGUUCUGAGAGAGUUUCUCUGACGAAAGCUGCUGGUGAGCAUCUUAAAGAGGGGGCUAACAUAAACAAAUCUUUGUCAGUAUUAGGAAAUGUGAUAAGGCAACUAAGCGAGGGGAAGGAGUUUAUCAGUUAUCGCGAUUCGAAAUUGACUAGACUGCUCUCACAGGCUCUUGGCGGAAAUGUGCUGCUUGAUGCAAGGGAAGCUGUCGUAGACAAUGUUGAUAAAGUUAUGGAGAACAUGAUGCAGGGCAAUAAGAUCAGACGAGUUGCAGCUACUCGCAUGAAUGAGAGGUCAUCUCGAUCACACACGAUUUUCCGGAUUAUUCUGGAGUCGAAAGAUGCCAAUCAGAAAGAUGGACCUGUACAUAUAGGCUACCUUAACUCAAUGGACUUAGCUGGUUCUGAGAGAGUUUCUCUGACGAAAGCUGCUGGUGAGCAUCUUAAAGAGGGGGCUAACAUAAACAAAUCUUUGUCAGUAUUAGGAAAUGUGAUAAGGAAUGUACAAAUUCAGAUGUAUAUGGAAGGUUUCAAUGCAACAAUAUUUGCAUAUGGCCAAACAUCUUCUGGCAAAACACACACCAUUUUGGGCAAUAAAACAGAUCCUGGGCUUUUCCAAUUAGUAUCCAAUCAGUUAUUCCAGCAUGUGGCAGACCAGGUUGAUAAGAGGUACUUGAUUAGAUUCAGUUAUAUUGAAAUCUACAAUGAAAAGAUCAAUGACCUCCUGGAUAAGAGCAAUCAGGGUUUAACUAUAAGAGAAGAUAUCAAAGGAAAUGUGCUGCUUGAUGCAAGGGAAGCUGUCGUAGACAAUGUUGAUCAAGUUAUGGAGAACAUGAUGCAGGGCAAUAAGAUCAGACGAGUUGCAGCUACUCGCAUGAAUGAGAGGUCAUCUCGAUCACACACGAUUUUCCGGAUUAUUCUGGAGUCGAAAGAUGCCAAUCAGAAAGAUGGACCUGUACAUAUAAGCUACCUUAACUUAAUGGACUUAGCUGGUUCUGAGAGAGUUUCUCUGACGAAAGCUGCUGGUGAGCAUCUUAAAGAGGGGGCUAACAUAAACAAAUCUUUGUCAGUAUUAGGAAAUGUGAUAAGGCAACUAAGCGAGGGGAAGGAGUUUAUCAGUUAUCGCGAUUCCAAAUUGACUAGACUGCUCUCACAGGCUCUUGGCGAUGUAUAUGGAUCUGUAGUAAAACCUUUAGUCGAUUCCUUCAUGGAAGGUUUCAAUGCAACAAUAUUUGCAUAUGGCCAAACAUCUUCUGGCAAAACACACACCAUUUUGGGCAAUAAAACAGAUCCUGGGCUUUUCCAAUUAGUAUCCAAUCAGUUAUUCCAGCAUGUGGCAGACCAGGUUGAUAAGAGGUACUUGAUUAGAUUCAGUUAUAUUGAAAUCUACAAUGAAAAGAUCAAUGACCUCCUGGAUAAGAGCAAUCAGGGUUUAACUAUAAGGGAAGAUAUCAAAGGAAAUGUGCUGUUUGAUGCAAGGGAAGCUGUCGUAGACAAUGUUGAUCAAGUUAUGGAGAACAUGAUGUAG